AGGUGAUUGGCCAUCCCAAAUACCAGGAAUCCAAAAGAAUUGCCAUCUUUCUGAGCAUGCCAGAUGAAAUCCAGACAGAAGAAAUCAUUAAGGAUAUUUUUAAGCAAGGCAAAGAGUGUUUCAUCCCACGUUACAAGCCGGACAGCAACCACAUGGACAUGCUAAAGUUAGCAUCAGUUGAAGACAUUUCUUCACUUCCUUUGACAUCCUGGAAUAUUCAUCAGCCUAGUGAUGAUGACAAUGUAAGAGAGGAAGCUCUUUCCGGUGGGGGUCUGGACCUUAUCUUCAUGCCGGGCCUCGGGUUUGACAAAAAAGGCAACAGACUGGGAAGAGGGAAAGGAUAUUACGAUACUUAUCUUGAAAGGUGUGUGCAACAUCCCAGUGGAAAGCCUUACACAAUUGCCUUGGCUUUUAGAGAACAGAUUUGUGAAUCGGUGCCUGUGACAGAAAAUGAUGUCCAAAUAGAUGAAAUCCUGUAUGAAGACUGCUAAAGGUUAUCUUGAUGCCAGCUGUUCUGCAGAGUGACCAACUAAAGACUUCAGAUCUCUUAAUCACAACUUCUU